AUGAACAAGGGUGUGGAAAAGUACUGGAUGUGCUUGAGGCCAUGGUCUCCCACGUGGGUGCACGUGGGUGCUUCCCAGGCUCGAGUUGAUGCCCACAGGUGUAUUGUACGAGCACUGAAAGACCCAAAUGCAUUUCUUUUUGACCAUCUUCUUACUUUGAAACCAGUGAAGUUUUUGGAAGGCGAGCUUAUUCAUGAUCUUUUAACCAUUUUUGUCAGUGCUAAAUUGGCAUCAUAUGUCAAGUUCUAUCAGAAUAAUAAAGACUUCAUUGAUUCACUUGGGCUAUUACACGAACAGAAUAUGGCAAAAAUGAGACUACUUACUUUUAUGGGAAUGGCAGUAGAAAACAAGGAAAUUUCUUUUGAUACAAUGCAGCAAGAACUGCAGAUUGGAGCUGAUGAUGUUGAAGCAUUUGUUAUUGAUGCGGUAAGAACUAAAAUGGUCUACUGCAAAAUUGAUCAGACUCAGAGAAAAGUAGUUGUCAGUCAUAGCACACAUCGGACAUUCGGAAAACAGCAGUGGCAACAACUGUAUGAUACACUCAAUGCCUGGAAACAAAACUUGAACAAAGUGAAAAACAGCCUUUUGAGUCUUUCUGAUACCUGAUUUUUUUAUGCAUAUAAUUUUGUUCUGUUGGGGGAGAAAACCUAAAUCAUAGUAA